AGAAUUUCGUCAGUGAUUCACGAGUUUCAUAUUUACAGCAUUAAGCGUGGAAACCCCUCCAGCACCGUGACAAACAGCUGCAAUGUGACAAGGUGGAGUGACAUCCUUUUCCCUACUGGAGAGCUCAAUCAUAUCCUGCAACUUCCACAGAUAAACUUCAAACUGGAGCCAGUUUGCACCGCGGAGUCUCGCGAUAAAACUGAUAGCGUGAUUUAGUUUAGAACUCUUGAGUCCUAAGGUAAAGCGGCGUCCUGAGAAAUCUGGAUCAAGACGCGGAUAAAGGCGGAUGCAGGAUCCAGUGGGCGCUUUAAACCCGUCACAGUGCUUUAUUUUGUAUUAUUUCGGAACUUUAUUCUGCAGCUGGUUCCGGAUCCGUGUCACAGCUGACCUACUUUCCGUCUUGCGGAAGUUACCAAACACAAACAGAAGGAGUUUAAAAGGUGACUCGCUUGAGAUUGAGCGCUUUGUGCGCAGCGGUGAGAGUGGCUGGAACACCUGCACAGGUAAAUAGAGUCCCGGCCAUGGCUGCAGCGGCGGGGUCCGGUUCCGUUUCCAGGGGUCUCCGGGCCAUGUUCUUCAUGCUCACUCCAAACGAAUCCUCCUUUGAGAAAGUGGAGGACGUACCUCAGUAUGUUCAGCAGGCCACGCCGUACUUUGUGGGACUGAUGCUGCUGGAGCUGGCGGUGGGUGCGCUGAUGACAGGAACCCCUGUAGUUACGCUGAGUGACGGUCUCACCUCCCUUUCAGCUGGGAUGAUCUCCAGACUCCCGCUGCUGGCGAUGAGAGGCUGUGAGCUGUCGGCUUACCUGUAUGUGUGGGACCACUUCCGCCUGCUGGAGCUGCCCUGGGACUCUGCAUGGACCUGGUGGCUCACCUUCCUCGGAGUGGACUUCUGCUACUACUGGGUCCAUCGCUUUGCUCACGAGGUGGCCAUCCUCUGGGCUGCUCACCAGGUUCACCACAGUUCAGAGUACUACAAUCUGACCACGGCGCUCAGACAGUCGCUCACCCAGCAGUUUACCUCUUGGAUCUUCUACCUUCCCAUGGCUCUCGCUGUUCCUCCCUCUGCCUUUGCUGUUCACAUACAGUUAAACCUUCUCUACCAGUUCUGGAUCCACACUGAGGUAAUCAGAGACCUCGGACCUCUAGAGUGGAUCUUCAACACGCCCAAACAUCACCGAGUUCAUCAUGGAAGAAACCUUUACUGCAUUGACAAGAACUAUGGAGGGAUUCUCAUUAUCUGGGACCGAUUGUUCGGUACGUUUGCUGCAGAGUCAGAUAAAGUCGUAUACGGCCUGGUGUUUCCCAUCAAGACGUUUGAGAUCCUCUACGUUCAGUUGCACUACUAUGUAUAUUUAUGGAAAAGAUCCAGCACUUACAAAACCGUCAGUGACAAGAUGUCAACUUUCAUCAAAGGGCCGAGCUGGAAACCCGGUAAACGUCGUCUCGGGGACCACGACGACAAUCCCAAGGUAACUGGAAAUGAAAUACCUCAUGGUCCCAAAUGGUCGCUGACAUUUCAAGUCUAUGUGGGCUUACAUUUCCUGCUGGUGCUUUGGACUUACCACGAGUUGUUUGAAAGCAAAAUGGUGCUGUCUCAGUUAACAAUUUUUGGGAUGACCUGCUACGUUUUGCUUACCCUCACCUCCCUGGGCUUCAUCAUUGAGCAAAGGCCAUCAUCGGCCACCUUGGAGACGAUUCGCUGCGUUGUCAUGGUAACGCUGAUGCGGUACAGCUACCUGAGGUCCCCCUUGCCUUUACUCUCCGUCCCCACUGAGGCCUUUGUCUCCCUCUCGCUGCUGUACUGGGCCCUGCAGAGCUUCUCCCAGCUGCUUGGCAUCAAGAAGAAAGACGACUGAGACACCAACAAGAUCCAGGAAGAACGAAGACGUCUGGAUCCAAAGGAUUUCAUCUUAGCAUGUUUUGAUCUAUCAAUCUAUUAAGUUGUAGUUUAUUAGAAAAAAGAAACAGAAUUGGUGCAGCUUCUGCUUGAUUUUAACCUUUUAAUGCACAGCUGCUUCAAGCUUGUUUAUAACAAAAGCUUAAUUAUGCAAAUGAGCCAUUAACAAAGAGAAAAUAGGCUGAUAGUUUUGUGAAAACGUUAUUCAUUUUUAGGAGGAUUGUGUUUAAAAUGUCACUGCCAUCAUAGGUGCUGCAGUCCACAGUGAAGGACCAAUUGUAAUAUUUCCAGAUGAGGCACAAAACAACAUAUACCUCUUAUCAGAUGAGGUCUGUUCAUAGUGAAGCUGGUGAUUUCAAAGCUAAAACAGAAUUAAUUCUCAACAAUGUACAGCCUGUUUUCCAUUUCUCAUUGAAAUAAAAGUACUUAAAUUC